AUGUUAACAGAUUCAUCCCUCUCAACAACCGUUGUAGCUGCAUCAGUGCCGGUUGUCUCUUCCUUGUCAAAUAUCUCCCAUCAAUUGACUGUCAAGCUUGAUUCCACCAAUUUUCUAUUAUGGAAGACACAAUUUCUUCCUAUGGUGAUUGGCUGUGGAUUAGAGCAUCAUCUUGAUCAAAUUUCUGAAGGAGUCCUACCUCAACUCGUUGGCGCAACCACUGCCAAAGCUGCAUGGAACAAAUUGGUUUCCACCUAUGCUUCUGGCUCGAAGGCUCAGAUUAGGGAUUUAAUGUGUGCCAAAGGAAUUGCAGAUCGGCUUGCAGCGCUACAACAUCCUGUUUCAGAUGAGGAAUUAAUUAAAUUUGUUGUUGCUGGUCUUGGACCUACAUAUCGUUUAUUUGGAAGGAUGCUUGAGUGUAGAACAAAUGAUUGUAGUUUUGAUGAUCUGUAUGGAAUGCUCUUGACUGAAGAACGACGUUUAAAGCGUGAAGAAGAGGCCACUGUUAUAUCUCCGUCAGUUCAAUACUCAAAGUUCUCUUCCUUUUCAUUAAGUUCAUCAAGCUGUGGGCACGGAAGAGGCCGCGACAAUAGAGGCAGGGGACAAUUAUCAAUCCUUUGCUUCAAAUCAAAGUCAUGGUUCUCAAUCACAAUCACAAUCUACUCCCUUGGAUACUUCCACAAUUGUCUGUCAUAA